AGAACAAUAGUUUAUAUGUAAAUGCCGUACGUCGGAGUUGGAGCACAAACAGUUUCCACAAGCUUAACAGGAGCGCCUAUGGUGAAGGCAUACAUUGCAAUUGCUGCCUCUUUGAUUUUUGUUUUUUGUAUUGCUGCGUUGGGUGUUCAUCACUCGGAAAGAAAGUUCAACAAAUUCAAUAAAGUUUCAAUUGAUGACAUUCAUAAAUCUGAUGCAGGAGUUAUUCAAGACAACAUAAAAACGGAAAACAUCAAAAAGUACCUCCGAAUAUUCACAAAAGAUCCACAUGUAGCUGGAACAGAAGCUAACAAAAAAGUCGCUUACGAAAUUGCAAAUGCGUGGUCGGAAGCAGGAUUGGAAGAUGUUCACACAUUACCGUAUGAAGUUUUGCUGUCGUAUCCUGACUUUGAAAAUCCAAAUUCUGUUAUAAUAAAGUCGUCGGCUGGAAAAGAAGUAUUCAAGAGCAAGGGAGUUAGUCCAGUUAUUAUACCAGACGAGCAAUCAGGAAAGUAUGCUGGGCACCAGUGGCUUGCAUAUGCCGGCAAUGGAUCCGCUUCUGCAGACGUCGUCUACAUUAAUCACGGAACAGCCAACGAUUUCAAGAACUUGAAGCUAAUGGGUGUAGAUAUUAAAGGAAAAAUUGCUCUGAUGAGAUACGGUCAUGGUUUCCGGGGUGACAAAAUUCAUAAAGCACAGCAGGCGGGUGCGAUUGGAGCUAUACUGUUUUCGGAUACACAGGAUGUUGCUCAGGAUGGUGUAGAAUCAGAGAAUGUUUAUCCAAAAAAAAUUUGGAUGCCUAAUGAGGGUGUUCAGAGAGGAUCCCUUAUGCAUGGAGAUGGAGAUGCACUCUCUCCUUACUAUCCUUCCAAAAAAGAACUUUUCAAAGGAAGAACUAUUGAAGAGGCUAAAGAAGACGGCGUUCUACCUUCAAUACCAGUUCUCCCUGUCUCCUAUACAACAGGAUAUGAAAUUCUGAAACGAUUAUCCGGUCGGCCGGCUCCAUCGGACUGGCAAGGAUUUGUCGGUGGAAACCUCACUUACAAGCUUGGUCCAGGCUUUGUGAAUGGAGAGAAAUUGUCCAUCAAUGUGCACAGUGAGCUGAGGACAAAACGAAUUAGAAAUGUUAUUGGAUAUAUUCGUGGGUCUGAAGAGCCCGAUAGCUAUAUUAUGCUUGGAAACCAUUUCGACGCAUGGGUCUAUGGAUCAAUUGAUCCUAAUUCUGGAACAGCUGUGUUGGCGGAGGUUGCGAGAGCCAUGAUGCAAACUAUUAACGAAACCAGUUGGAAACCAGCUCGCACUAUCGUAUUCAACGCAUGGGAUGCCGAAGAGUUUGGACUUAUUGGAUCAACAGAAUUCGUCGAAGAAUUUGUAAAUAUUUUGCAGAAAAGAGCUGUGGUCUAUAUUAACAUGGAUUGUAUUCAAGGAAACAUAAGUCUGCACGUCGACACAGUUCCGAUUCUCGAGCACGCCGUCAUUGAAGCAUCAAAACAAGUGGAAAAUCCAUCAAAACGUGAGAGAUCUCGCGGAAGAAAAACGCUCUAUGACACGUGGAUGAAAGUGUUUCCUGAUAAGAAAGCGGGUGUUCCAAAAAUAAGAGUUCCCGGCGGCGGAUCAGAUCACGCGCCAUUUUUGAAUUUUGCUGGUGUUCCGGUGAUCAACUUCACUUUCAAAAACUACACAACAUGGGACACGUAUCCACUGUACCAUACAAUGUACGAGACGCCGUUUUCCAACAUUCAUCUAUUGGAUACAGACAACUUAUCAGUGCACAAAGCAAUUGGGCAGUAUUGGGCUGAGUUGGCGAAGACGUUUGCGGAUGAUGUAAUUCUCCCAAUGAAUACCACACAUUUUGCGUCAGUCAUGCUGAAAACCUAUCUCCCACAACUGAAAACAACAAUCUCCGGAAUAAAUGUUUCGAGAAGCGAUUUCGAAGAUAUACGCACACAGUAUGCACUUCUCUCAAAAAGUGCUCAAGAUUUACUUACAAUGUCAAAAAAAUUCCAAGAAACCAUCCAUUUUACACAACACAGCUUCUCUCAGAAUCCAUACGACCCGAAACACGUGAAUGCGGUCAAUGAGAGAUUAAAGAGCACGGAAAGAUGCUUCAUCAACCCCCGUGGCGUUUCAAUGCACAAUCCCUCAGCUAGACAUGUCCUGUUUUCAGUCAGCGAUUCUGAUUCAUACUCGAGUUCUUUAAUGGCAGGAGUACAGAAUGCGAUCAACAGUUACGACUUGAAUCCAACCAAAAAAGGCUUGAGGGAAAUAAUCAACCAAAUCUCCAUUGUCCAGUACUCUGUUAUUUGCGUUGUAAACACUCUACGUGAUGUUAUUUGAUGGGUUUUACUGUAAUAAUGAACAAUUCACAUUAUAAAACUGAAUCUCUAAAAAUGAAGUACCAAAUAGUUU